AUGGGUUCGCUUCAGGACCAACCUCAAUACGACGCUAUUAUCGUCGGGAGCGGUUUCGGGGGUUUAUACUUGUUGCAUGAACUGCGCAAAAGGAACUUCAAUUGUGUUGUCAUUGAUGAGGCUGCGGAUAUCGGAGGGGUUUGGUAUUGGAACCGGUAUCCAGGCGCUCGUGUAGACACCAAGGUUCCAUUGUACGAGUUCUCAAAUGACAGCAUAUGGAGUGAUUGGCUCUGGACGGAGAAGUAUCCUGGAGUGGACGAGAUUCGCAGAUACUUUGAACAUGUCGAGUCGAAGCUGCACCUGAAGAAGGACAUCCAGUUCAACACCCGCGUGACUGCGGCCGAUUACGAUGAUGCUGGCAGCCUGUGGACCGUGACAGAUAAUGACGGAAAGAAGCGCACUGCUCGUUAUUUCAUCCUCGCCACCGGGUUUGCUGCGAAACCGUUUAUACCCACCUUUAAGAAUUUGGAAACUUUUGCAGGGCUGAGUUUUCACACGUCCCGAUGGCCGCAGAACGUCGACACCGCCAGCUGCCGAGGGAAACGGGUGGGGAUUGUGGGUAACGGAUCAAGUGGCUUGCAGGUCAUUCAGGAAAUUGCCCCAUUGGUGAAGGAGAUGACGGUAUUCCAGCGAAGCCCGACGUAUGCACUGCCGAUGCGACAGCGGCCAUUGACCGUGUCUGAACAAGACAAAAGUCGUUAUCCGGCUCUCUACGAACUCCGGAAGCAUACAUUUGCCGGCCUCGACAAGGAGUUCAAUAUGGAAGCAAGCGCCCAGCUCUCGUAUGAACAACGCCAGGCAUUUUUUGAGGAGAUCUGGAAGGAUGGCGGGCUGGCAUUCUGGCUGGGAACAUAUCGCGAUGUCAUUAUGAACAAAGAUAUCAAUCGGGAAGCUUACCAUUUCUGGCGCUGCAAGGUCUUGCCGCGAAUCAAGGAUCCUAAGAAAGCUGAGCUGCUGGCACCAGACGUGCCUCCAUACUAUUUCGGUACUAAGAGGGCGACUCUGGAGCAGCGGUACUACGAAGCCUACAACCAGGACAAUGUGUCCCUGGUAGACGCUAGAAACAAUCCAAUUGUGGAGGUCAAACCGAAUGGGAUCAUCACCAAGGACGGGAAGUUUCACGAGCUGGAUAUGCUCAUUCUUGCCACUGGAUUUGACUCGGUCACAGGCGGUAUUCUGAAUAUCGAUAUCCAUGGCCGUAACGGUGCAUCCUUGCGAGAGAAGUGGACGAAGGGGACCUGGACGUAUCAAGGACUUAUGACAUCCGGGUUCCCCAACAUGCUUUUCCUCUAUGGACCACAGGGUCCGACAUCCUUCUGCAACGGUCCAACGUGCGCGGAAGUCCAGGGUGACUGGAUUGUGCAGACACUGACAUAUCUGCGUGCUCAUGGUCAUCGCCAGAUUGAGCCCAAAGCAGAGGCCGAGGAAGCUUGGAGGGCUCUAGUUAACCAGAUCGGGGAUGCCACUUUGCUACCAGAAACCUCGUCGGAGUACAUGGGCACUAACAUACCGGGGAAGCCCAAGGAGAUGCUCAACUAUCUCGGAGGCUUGACGGACUAUAUCAAGCGCAUCAUGACCACGGUGACCCUUGGGUACCCUGAGUACUACCUUAACUAG